AUGAAGUCGCUAUCAAGAGCCGGGCACAUUGCCCUCCGCCGUGCAGCUCGCACUCCUCUCCGCGCCCAGACGUCCGCCAAUGGCGUCAUCGCUAAAGCUCCUGUCGCAGCGGUGAGAAAUGGCGGCGCGAGCCACGCAAUUCGGAGCUUCCACUCGUCAAUGGCUCUCAAGGGUAUCAUGCCCGAGUCGGAAAACCCGGCGCCACCCAAAAUUGAGGACUCCGAGACGCCUACCGUUCCCACCGACGUCUCCACUUCUGAGUUCCAUGAGCGCGCCGACGAGUACCUGGAAGAGCUGUUGAGUGAGCUGGAGGCGAAGCAGGAGGAAACCCCUGACUAUGACGUAGAGUACUCGGCUGGCGUACUUCACGUCAAGAUCCAGUCCCGAGGCCACGAAUACGUGUUGAACAAGCAACCCCCGAACAAGCAAAUCUGGUGGAGCUCACCCGUGUCCGGGCCGAAACGAUUCGACUGGGUAGUGUUGGGAGAGUCAAUGCAUCAGAAAGAAGGAGGCGGCGCUGGGGACUGGAUCUAUCUGCGCGAUGGCACAUCGCUCACGGAUCUGGUGCGCCAGGAAUUGGGUGUAGCCCUCGGAAAGGAUGACAGCGCUCCGCGCUGA